CGCUUGCCAGCAGGGGAUCCACCCCCCUCUCCUGGUACUACCGUUGCAUCCUUUUCGACAAACACUGCAGACAUGUGCUACAUUGGAUGUGUCGCCGACCGCUACACCGCCUGCCAGGUCUGUCCCUCGGCCGCCGCUCGCCUGCUGUGUCCCCCCUCCAACUCGAAGUUGAUUGCAGCACAACCUGAUUCUGUACGAGACGAGCGCACGCACCGACUGCGGAGACGAGCACUGCAAGACGUCCGCCGCGCAUAAGCACACCGCGAUCGAGUGCGGGUGUCCCACCGUGCGCCACCGAUCCCCCCCUCUCCGCAGGCUGAAUUGCAGCUGACCUUGUAUUUUGUUUUUUUGGGGGAUCGCAUUCAGUAUCGAAUCCCGCGACCAAGCAUC